GCUUACGCAAAUGAUCAAGUUCUUCUAUAUCAAUUAACUUUAUCCAAUUUAACUUUUCUCGGACUUUAUUGUGAUAUAGCACCUAACAGUAUCGGUUAUAUAUGCAUAAUUGAAAUUAGUAAUAAUCAAUCGCAACCGACUUACGUAAAAGUUAAAUUUUUAACGUCCGCAUCAGUGAUGACGGUUAAUUUAUUAUCCGAUAUGCCUGACCUUAGCACAACUGAGAUCAUAUCUCAAGGCUUUGGAAUGCAAGCAAUGGCAUUCGGUGGUUAUAUAUUGUAUGCUAUGAAUAAAAAUUACGAUUAUUAUAUUUGGCCUUAUGAUGAGGUCAACAGUAAAAUGCAUCAAAUAGGACCUUAUUCUGCAAAUAAAUAUGCAGCAAAUGCUCUUUAUAAUAAUAUUAAUCAGAAUAAUCUUAAUGCCGCAAAUGGUAUUAUGAGGAAUAAUAAUACUUUUAUACUCGCGUCAUCCACACCAAAAGCAAAAACUUCGUGGUCCCUGUACAAGAUUCCAUUACCUACGGUUAUACUUGGUCAUAGUGGUUACGGUAAUCUUCAAGUAGUUAAAAUUGAACCACCACCAAUUAAUACAACGCAUAAUGGCAUUGUCAAUGCAAAUACAAAUACCUUAUUCAUUACCUUUAAAAAUCCUGUUAUUUUGUCAAACGGUAAUAUCACCAUUUACAAAGAUUCUGAUAAAACAAUUAGGCAAAAAAUUGCUGCAUCAAUGUCCGAUUACGUUGGAAUUGCAGAUAAUAAUCGCACGACUGUCAAUAUAACCAUCAUUAGCAGCACAUUUAAUCAAUACGGUGAAAUUUAUUAUAUGCAGAUGGAUGCUGAUUUUGUCAGAGAUGAAAAGAGCUAUGAACCUUUAACAGGAAUUGAAGAAGAUAUUGUGAAGUAUAAUUCAACAACUAUACCACGUCCCUCAGAGGAAGCUGCUAUCUGUGUAGCUCGUCUCACUGAGGAUGCAACAAAAACAUUUAACAAUCUCCCUGAUGUCAAUCAAACACAAUACUUUAAAAAGCUAUUACUAGAUAUUGCUACAAAGUUACCAUGCCGACCUGAACUUCUAUCUACAUAUGGAUCCCCUCAGUAUAUUUCUAUUAAUUCUAUAGAAAAUGUUCAAUUUUCUAUCCGUGUAAAUAAAACAAUUCCAAAGCUAGACAAAAAUAAUACAGUUCCAGGGAUUGUCUCAGAUAUAGAUGAUAUGAUCAAGAAUAAGAAAGUCACCACUUUUUCCGAUGGUAUAACAAAUGAUUUAGAUGAAAAUUUUGGCUUUAAAAAGCCAAAUAGUAUACUGGGAGAUUAUAAAGAUAAAAUUAUUCCUUUUGUAUCUGCAGCAGCAGUGAACACUAUACUUUACUUAGCAUCUCGAUCCAAUAAGCAAGUACCUGACCAAUUCAAACAAAUGUUGAAUACAUUUACAACUGGAUUAUUCACAGCCUCUCAUACAAGUUUAUCAAGCAUAUUUUCUUUUCAAGAUGUUAAUAAUUACCCGAAAUUCAGCUUGCCAAGCAAAAUCUUAUGGAUUACUCCACUAGCAAUAAAUAUUACUGUUUUUACUUAUAUUAUGUGUAAAGGGGGAUUUAAUGGAAAAAAUUUUAUGAAUUUAAUACUUAUUGGUUUAACAUUAUAUAAUAGUGAAACUUCAAUACUUAUAAACCAAAGCCAGCUUAAAGAUAUGUUUGGUAAAGAUUUUGAGGCUACAGCUAAAUAUAGAGGUUUUGCUGAUAUCUUACUUAAAAGUAUUCCACAGCUAAUUACUCAG